GCUGAAUAUUUCAGUAACAAUGUCUUCAGUUCAGCAGCUGAGGGAUUUUAUCAGACAGAGACUAACUGCUGCUGCGGAAGAAAUCUUCACUCAGGUAGAAAAAACCAUCUUCCGCUACGAGGAGGAGAUUAAACUGCUGGAAACCUGCAGGAAUAAACCUCAGAUAAAACCCAGCAGAACCGUCGUCCCAAAGCAACAUGAAGAUGAGGAAGAGGAGGUUCUCACUGACAGCCAGCUCUGUAAUCAGAUGAUGAAUCUGAAUGAGGAUCAGGAGCAAAAAGAGGCUCCACAAGAGAGCGACAGCAACGAGGAGCUGGAACAUCAGCUGCUGAAGGAGGAACCAGAAGCUUCACUGGUUAAAGAGGAACAGCAGGAAGUCUGCUGCAGUCAGGAGGGACAGCAGAUGGACAGGGUUUAUUUUACUCAGACUAUGACUCUGCAACAAAUUGAUUUCAGUGAAGAAGAGCCAAACUUUCAGCAUCUCAACUCUAACAAUGUUUUUGCUCUGGAGAACCAAGAUGAAGCAGGAAGCUACAGUCCUGCGUUAGGGUGUCGGUCCAGAAUGGUUCCAAGUGAAUCCUUUAAAUGUCAUGUUUGUGGGAAAGUCUUUCAAUCAAAGUAUAACACGUUGCGACACCUCAGAGUCCACUCAGGCGAGAAGCCAUUCUCCUGUAAAAUAUGUGGAAAAGUCUUCACACAAAACUCUCACUUGAAAGAGCACAUGAAAAGGCACACAGGUGCCAAGCCCUUUUCCUGUGAAACCUGUGGGAAAUGUUUGCCAGACGUUUUAAUUUAAAGGUUCACAGAAAAACACACACAGGCAGCAAGUUUAUUCCAUGUGAAAUCUGUGGGAAAAGCUUUCAGGAAAGAUGCUACAUUAGAUUCCACAUGCAGACCCACACAUGUGAGCGGCCAUAUUCAUGUCUAACAUGCAAUGAAAGCUUUAGCAGUCUGAGUGAACUGAACUGUCACCGGAGAGUCCACAGAGCUCUGAGGGAUCUCCAGUGAAUGAGCAAAACGUGGGAAAAGCUUCAGUCUUCAGGUGAUUGGAUGAGAGCAGACUUUAACUGGACCAUAACGGCCGUGUUCCCUGUGGUUGAUAUUCUGAUGAAACACUGUUGAGGAUGAAAACAUCUGUGUUUACAGCAGCUUUCAGAAACUCUGAUGAAUGAAUCUUUUCUCCUGAACAUUGAUGAUGAAGGUUAAACCUUAACCACGCUGGAUUACCCGCCUGCUGUUUUUCAUUGUAUUUUCUGGGGCUGCUGGAGUUUAAUCUCUGCCAGUGUCCAUUAUGAAGGUUUUAUAGUUCAGCCUACAGCCCCCCUUUUUGAUUGGCAUCGCAUUUGACCAAUGCUAUGAAAUGGCUUUUUCUGAGCCAAUAAUAUCCAGGGAACGACUGGAGCUGGUUUUGACAUGCUUGUAUUCUUUCUGGAAUAUUUCUGACUGGUCAACUCGGAAACUAAAUCUAAAGCCUCCGAUGUGUAGCCAACGUGUCCUGUCAUAAGGAUAUCAGGUAUUUUGGGUUUGUUUUGACAUGAAUCCACCAGCUGCAGGCCUAACGACGCGUAAUGUGUGAGUCUUUGCUGCGUCAAAGUCAGGCUCUGUUAACCCUCGUGUGUAACGGUGUUUACAGGCAGAACAGAGAGACACGUUGUCAGAACGUGUCAAAACUGGAAGUGUUUCUUCAGCAAAACUUCACAACUCACGGGAGUGGAUGAUUAUGGCCGUAAGACUGCUGACAAGUUUUGGAUCUGAGAAUACCGGAAGCUUUUAGCCGGGCGCUGCUGUAGUCAGAGUGAGGUGGGUAGAGUACCGAAGAGCGAGAAUGGGGGUCCGAGGGAAGGGUGGUGUGGGAGGAGCGGGGCAGGAGGGUUCAAAGAAGGAGAGAUGGUGGCAGACUGGGGGUCAGCUAGAGUAUCGUUAGAGUGUGAGGAGGGGGGUGGGUAACAUACUGCAAGGAGGAGGUCUGGCUGUACACUAACUCCCCCUGAUAUGGUAUUUUAUUUAUAUAAUCAUAAGUAAUUUCCACUAUCCGUAAUAAUGUGUCUACCAGAGGAUUCCUCUGCUCAUCAUCUUUCAUUAGAGCCUCAUUAAUGACUGUAUGUUGUUACAGUUUGUAUAUCAGGUGUUGUCCAGGUGGCCGUUUGGAGACAACACCUGUACAUCCUCAAAAAUAAACAUGUCCAAAUUGACAUUUCUUUUUUGUGCUAUUUUGAUCAGUCUUGAAAUCCACGAGCAGAAUACUUUAUUCUACAGAGUUAUUGUAAAAACAGAAAAUUUAGCCUGUCAUCUUCAUAAAGAGACCAAGAUUUUACUCUAAAUGGUUCAACAGCAGCUGAUGUCAUUUAUGUAAACCUUUUCAGUUGUUUUUGUGAUUUGGGGGGUGAGCGUUACCCCGUGUAAGA